AUGGCAGCAAUAAAGGGCCUGGGUAGAAAUAUCCCCUAUCUGAGGCAACAAUUUGCUGCCCUUUUAGGAAAUACCAGUACCAGUGUAAAAUUUAUAUGUAUUGUAGUCUUGUUUUCCUAUUGCCUCUCUUUUUCGUCGGAAGCGAUACGCGUUCUGAGUGUGACACCAGGUUACUUACUGCCUCCAGCAUUUUGGAUCUGGACGGCGUUUACAUUUUGUUUCCUUGAAAUACAUUUUUGGGAAGUAUGCGUGGACAUUGUCACAGUGGGAUUGUGCGGCAAAUUAAUCGAGCCGCUUUGGGGCGCGAUGGAAAUGAUGACUUUCUUCGCUGUUGUUAAUUUUGGCGUUGCUGUGCUGUCAGCUUUAUUUUAUUUGUUUUUAUAUAUGUGCACCAGCGAUCCAGAUUUAUUGUUUGGAAUACACAUUCAUGGAUUAACUGGAUAUAUUGCAGGCGUUGCAGUUGCUGUAAAACAAAUAAUGCCAGAUCAUAUUUUAGUUAAAACACCAAUUGGAAAAAUUACAAAUAGGAACAUACCACUAAUGGUGUGGAUUAUGGGAGUGUUAUUAUGGUUGUUUGGAUUAUUGGAAGGAACUAAUCCAACCAUGUUUCUCAGUGGAUUAUUAAUAUCAUGGAUAUACCUUAGAUUUUAUCAAAAGCAUAAUAAUGGUACACGUGGUGAUAUGGCAGACAAUUUUACAUUUGCAAGCUUUUUCCCUAAUGUUUUACAACCACCAAUAGCCCUUGUAAGUAACAUGAUACAUGGAUUCUUUGUACGGAUUGGAUUAUGUAGAAAAGUAGUUAGAAGAUUUGAUAUGUCCAAUGCGCCUCCUGGGCUGGUUAUAAACCUUCCUGGUAUUGAUCCACAUGACAGUGAUAGGAGAAGGCAAAUAGCAUUAAAAGCUUUAAGUGAAAGAUUAAGUAAAGAUCAUGCGAAACCAUGGCAACAAGAUCGAGCUAAGAAACACUCUCCGGUUCCUCCUGCAGUUUCAAUUCCAAUUCCAGAAUCUAAUACACCUAAACCUCUUGCAUCCCCUCUCAUUCCACAAGUAAGCGUAAACAUACAUAAUCACGCUUCUACUAAUACGUGAUUACUUCAAAUAGACUGAUUUCAAUAAUUGUAUGGAUAAAUAUGAUAAGGAGCUUCUAAAGAAAAUGUUUUCUGAACCAUGUUGACAAUAUGGCUAUAUUCAAUAAGAAGAAAAGAAGACGUAAGAAAGUAUUUAUAAUAACAUUUUUUAUACUGCAUGAAUUUCAAUUGCAUUUUGGAAUUAUCAAGUUAUAUUAAUGAAGCGCUUACUUGGUAAUUGUCUCUUGAUAAGUCCAAAGAACAAAAUAUAACACUCAAGCGGUGCCUUGGUAUUCAUAGAUUUCAAUUAGUUCAUGUAUCCAUCCUUGAGAAUCAGUCCUUAAUAAUAUAAACAUUGAGUUGAUUUGUUCUUUGGUGUUAUCAAAAAAUGAAUUAACAGAAUGCUUCUAUAAUGUACACAUUAUUUGUAACCCCUGUUAUUUAUUUAGCAAUCGUAACAAAUUUCUUUUAGUUGUCAAUUAUUUAUAUUAACAUAAACAUACAUUUGACAAGCUUUUCUUACAUACUGUUACUUCAUAAGAUUUAUUUAAAUAAAUCAUCGAAUUUUAUUAAAAUAUUUUCUUAAGUCUAUCUCUAUUGAUUAUAGUGCUCGUAUUAAUAAUGGUACAACAACGCAGUCUUUAGAAGAUUCUUACACAAGGUAAAUACAACAAAAUCAGUCUUUCUAUCUUGUGAUUCUAUUUUUCAACAAAAUCGAAUUCUUUGUUACUAAGAACUGUGAAUUCUAUUUAUGUAUUUCUGUACAAUCCGUACGUGAUAAAUAAUUUAAAUGCUUUUAAUGAAUUGCUGUAUAAUGGCAGCUUUUUCCAUUUAUAACAUUGUUUAAUGAUAAUUGGAAAAUAAAAAACAUUAUGAAUAAAAAUAAUUGAAAACUAUACUGGCUUCCAGUGCAAUGCUACGCGAUACGUUCACUAGAAACAUUUAAAUUUGGAAAAAAGACUAGUGUUUCUCUAAUUUGUUAUUUAAGCAGAUGUUUCAUGCCACCUGUUUUGCCAUUAAAUGCAUUAUGCGAUGUAAGAACGUAAAUAUGUAAUGCAUGUACAUAAAUACGUUAAAAUCACAUGAAUUUGAGUCAAAAACACGUACAUCACAUUUUGGAACUAUAAUUUAUUACUAACGCUGUCCUUGAGAUAAAACACUUAUAUUAUCUUUCAUAUUGUUAGAGAACAUUUUUAAAAAAGAGGAUAUAAGUUAUUUCAUUUUCAAAGUAUCUAUAUUUUUAUAAUUUUUGUAUUGUCAUCAAUUUUUUUCCAAAGUAUGAAAGUUUUAUAUUGUACAAUUAAUUUUUUCUGUUUUGUGCUUUUAAGAAUUACUUUGUUUAUAUUUUUUAUCUAAGCAUGUAUAUCAUGCAAAUGAAAAUCUAUUCCUCAGAAAAUUGAUUCAAUUAUUACUAUUCAUAAUACACAUGUGCAUAUUUUUAGAUUUAAAGUUUAAAUCACUCAUACCUUCAAUUUUUUAACUUUGCACAAAAACGAUCAAUAUGUAGUUAUUUACUAAUUAUAGUUAUUUUAAGUAAGAUUAAUUUAAUUAUGACAUUCAUUCUUAUAAUGUCAUGAAUAACGAUUCUGCUUACAAUACAACAAUCGGUUAUCUUACAAGUACAUAUUGCAACAUUUUUCCAUUUAUUAAUAUUUUUACUGAAAUGUUAAACCUUCAGUGAUGUACCUAGUUUCAAUAGAAUUGUUUAAAACAUAUAUAUAAAAUGGUGAGUGGAAAGUAGUUCAUAUAAGUGUAUAGCAAUGUGGAUAAUAUUUGAUAUACCAAAUGAAUUGUAAAUACAAAUGAGGAGCGAUGUAAAAUGUGAAGGGAACAAGACACUAUAGAAAUACAGUGAUUAUAGACAUAUUAUGGAUUAAGAUUGAAAAACUAUUUUUAUGUAUGACACAGAUAUGUCUCUUGAGAAUGUAUGUUGCGCAUAUUUUGGCCUUCCACUUAAACAAAACUUAUAUACAAAUUCUUAAGUACUUUCAUUAUAAGAUUUUUAGUCAAUUAAUAUUUAUUAUUAUAAGUAUGACUAAGGUUGGAAGAAGCGAAAGGCCAAAAUUAAGUGUGCGAAUAAAUGAAUAUUUGUUGAUUUCAUUAAUUACAGUUUAAGGAACUAAUGUAAUAAUUACACAUUUAUGUACAUGUUAUGUAUAAUGAGCUUUGUACAUACGUUGAAAUCGUUAUUGUCUGUACAAUAUUAAAUUCUACUGACAAAACAUUUAUCUGAUAUUUUCUUAUACCGCAUAUGGAAUAAAGUUAUUAAUACUAACAUCACAUAUGCAGUAUAUAGUAGAAAAAACUUAUUUUGAACUAUUGAUAUUCUAUUAACAGUUUAAUUUAUAAACAUACAACUUAUAAUCUGUUACUU